AUGCCCAAAGGAUUCGAUGAACCAGAUGUAUCAGUUGCGAAAAAAGAAAAACUACCCCCAGACGUUUUAGAGGAACUACGUUAUGCCUAUGAUCAGUAUAAAAACGCUGAAGAUUUGCUGGACGUGUCACAACUGUCAAAUGUUCUACAAAUUUUAGGUUACACCCCUACAGAGGCCGAAUUGUACGAUAUGAUAGGGGCCAUGGACCCCGAAAAAUCUACAUUCAUCACAUACGAACUUUUCAAGGAAAAGAUUUAUGAUUUUAAUAGAAGAUUUUACAGCGAGGACGAAAUCCAGUUGGUUUUUAGAAUUUUUGACCAGGAUCGGACUGGAUAUGUCGACUUCGAGGAAUUGAAUAGAAUACAAACGAAUUUAGGUAAGGAAUAA